AUGGAGGGGAACUCCUUCAAGAGCAGUUGGGUCAAGCGCACCCUCUCUGUGUUGAACCGAGCACCCAAUCUCUCCCCAGCUAACCUCCAAACAUAUCAAAUGUGUUUGGGUGGGGAGGCUGUGGAUGUUCGCAUGCUGCAGGAUGAAGACUUCCUCUGGGAAUUUGAGCUGAGUGAAGUCCCUGUGGUUAAUGUGAAGGUAGACAAUAAGGCCUUGGCCGCAGCGGCAGCAGAGGCGAGGAAGAAAGAGGCGACCGAGCAGGCCUCCAAGAAGGGCUGCGAUAAGGGCAAGGCCAUGGCGAUCCCCAGCCCAGGCGCCAAGGUCGUUGCUCCCCUUGGCGUGGGCAACAAGCCCUGUCCCCUGAUUAUUGGAGCUCAGGUGUGGUGCCGCCGUAACCAUCCUAAGAAGGACGUUGCCCGUGUGAGGAAGUUGUCAGAUAUCGACUUCUCAGAGGUCUAUGCCCGGAUGGGCGAUCCCUUUUCUCUGAAGAGAAGAAGGUGUCUUCGAUUCAAGAACUUUGUACCAAGGGCUGCGUCUCGUCCUGAUGGAGGUUCGAGCCGAAAGGCCGGAGGUCGGAGGGUUUAUAAGCAAUCCAAGGCGUCAGGUCUUCCCCUGAGCUCCGCUCAGGAGCUCGUCUCUUUGGCUGUUCCGGCCGGCGUAUUCGUAGUUGUUACAUUCGUUAUAUGGAAGCUGGUGGAAAAAUUGCUUGUGCCAAAAUCAGGGCGAGCUUCUCAAGAGGAAAACAAAUCUUCUGUACCGGGAAUUAAAUGGUCAUUUGCUCCGGGCACAAAUUUGUCAUCAGGCAAUAGUUUCAAGAUUGAAAGGGAGUCCAGACAAAGGCUGAAUGAUUUUUCCAAAGAACUUAGGUCUUUCAGAAAUGUUGACAUUUCAGGUUGCAACUUUGGGGAUGAAGGACUUUUCUUUCUUGCUGAGAGCUUAGGUUACAAUCAGAGUGCAGAGGAAGUGGAUUUCUCUGCUAAUGGAAUAACUGAAGCAGGAAUGAAGGCAUUUGAUGGUGUUCUUCAAUCAAAUUUUGUUUUGAAGAGCCUUAAUCUUUCUGGAAACCCCAUAGGAGAUGGAGGAGCUAAGUGUCUGUCUGAUAUUUUGGUGGGAAAUAGUGGUAUUCAAAAGCUCCAGCUGAAUAGUACUGGUCUGAGUGAUGAGGGAGCAAAGGCUAUUUCAGAGAUGCUGAAAAGAAAUUCAAGCUUGCGUGUUCUUGAGUUGGACAACAACAUGAUAGACUAUUCUGGAUUUACAAGCCUUGCUGGGGCACUUCUUGAGAAUAACACAAUUCGGACAAUACAUCUCAAUGGCAAUUAUGGUGGUGCUCUCGGUGCUGCUGCUCUAGCUAAAGGGAUUGAGGGUAACAAGUCUUUGAGGGAGCUUCGUCUGAAUGGAAACUCUAUUGGCAAUGAAGGAGUACGGGCUCUGAUGACAGGUUUAUCUGGACAUAAAGGGAAAGUUACACUUUUAGACCUUGGCAACAAUGAGAUUGGUCCGAAAGGUGCCUUCCAUGUUGCUGAAUUUAUCAAGAAAAGCAAGAGCUUGUUAUGGUUGAAUCUUUACAUGAAUGACAUUGGUGAUGAGGGGGCUGAAAGAAUCGCUGAGGCUUUGAAGGAAAAUCGUACGAUAACAACGAUAGACUUGGGGGGAAAUAAUAUCCAUGCAAGUGGUGUCCAUGCCAUUGCCCAAAUUUUGAAAGAUAAUCCUGUUAUUAAGACUUUGGAUCUUGGGUACAAUCCCUUUGGACCAGAUGGUGCAAAGAGUCUAUCUGAAGUGCUUAAGUUUCAUGGGAAGAUAGAAACACUCAAGCUCGGGUGGUGUCAGAUUGGAGUGAAGGGAGCAGAGUUCAUUGCAGAUACUCUGAAAUAUAAUACAACCAUAUCAACAUUGGAUUUGCGGGCCAAUGGACUCGGAGAUGAAGGUGCAAUUUGUCUAGCUCGGAGCUUGAAAGUGGUUAAUGAAGUGUUAACUUCUCUUGAUUUAGGAUAUAAUGAAAUACGAGAUAAAGGGGCAUUUGCUAUUGCUCAAGCAUUGAAAGCAAAUGAGGAUGUGGCAAUCACAUCCUUGAACCUUGCCAACAACUUCUUUACGAAAUAUGGGCAGGGUGCUCUCACAGAUGCUAGAGACCUUGUAUUUGAGAUGAGUGAAAAAGAGGUCAACAUUUUUUUCUAGAUGACAUCACAACUUAAGGUUCUCUUUUUUUCCUUUUUUAAAUUCUUAUAUUUAGAUUCUUAAAAUGAGCUCAUACAUAUCCAAGGCUUUCAGGUCCACUUCUCCUGGCUAUUAAGUAGAAAGAGAUCCCUGGGUUUAAACUCUGAGUGGAUUUCUUAAACACAAUAUUUAAACUCAGCCAAUGGAGUAAUUGGAAAUUUUGACUGUUAUUGUAAUUAGCAUAAAUACCUUAGAAAUAUUCUGUCCUGUUCUAGUGGUAAUUUUGUUCCUAUUCUUUUUACUAGUAUAACAACACUAAUGCAUUAUUUGGGAUUUGACAGCUA